AUUAUCGGAGACGGAGGUGGAAAAAGAGCACAAAAAUAAAACCCGGUAAACCGUAUCACCGUAUGUUCCAAAGGUACUUCCGUGAGAGACGGGAAGAAGUAACGGACGACUGAGGAGGACUGAUAGUUUGUGCGUCGAGUGUAAAGUGAAUUUCGAGUAUUUCGUGAAACAAGUGCUCGUAUCAUAUAUUAAUCUGAUAUCUUUCUCCGACAGCUCGAAGAAAUCAUGUGCACUUCCGUGAAAAAUAAGGAUUCUGGACAGUGCAAAGACACAGUACAGCUUGCUAAGAAUCUAUGUUGGAAAUUCUUAAGAUGUAUGAUCGUGCAUCUGCAUUCCCUCUUUGAUUGCUUUGUAGAUUUUGCCUUUGGCUUGUAUUAUGAUAAUAAGGCAAAGAAGGUACCGCCAGUGAAAAACAAUCUUCUAUUAGAAAGUGCUGUUUCCUUAGCGGAGAAAAUCAGAACAAAGAAAGUUUCGUCGGAGGAGGUCGUGAGGACUUACAUUGAGAGAUGUAAGGAAGUAAAUGGCUUAAUUAACGCAAUUGUGCAAGAUAGAUACGAUGAUGCAAUUAAAGAGGCAAAAGCAGUGGAUGACAUAAUAGAAAAGAGCACAGACCCAGAGAAGUUAAAGGUAACGCAGCCGUUCCUGGGUGUCCCUUUCACUACGAAGGAGAGUAACCGUGCUAAAGGAUUAAUUCAUUCAAUGGGUUUGCUUUGCCGUCGUAACUGUCGUGCCGAGGAGGACGCUACGACAAUUCGUUACUUCAAGGAGGCCGGAGCGAUUUUAAUCGCGAAGACUAAUAUUCCCGAGCUGAAUCAAUGGGUCGAGUCCAGGAACAAUCUGUACGGACAGACGAACAAUCCUUACAACACUAGCAGGACGGUGGGCGGUAGCAGUGGUGGAGACAGUGCUAUAGUAUCGGCGAGUGGUGUACCGAUCGCCGUCGGCAGCGAUAUAGGAGGAUCCACUAGGAUACCUGCGUUCUGCAACGGAUUGUUCGGCCAUAAACCUAGUGAAGGUUUAACUCCAGUAGCUGGCAUCGGAUUACGCGAUAUCGAUUAUCCAAGCACGAUGGUAGCAGUUGGACCAAUCUGUAGAAAGACCGAGGAUCUAAUACCCUCCAUGAAGGUAUUGAUCGGCCCUAACGUGUCCAAAGUAAGGCUGGAUGAGCCGGUAAACGUGAAGAAUUUGAAAGUGUACUAUCAGGCGAAUUCUUGCGACUUGAGGACGAGCAAAGUGAGCGGAGCUAUGCAAGCGGCAUUAAUGAAGGCAGUGGCUCACUUUAAAGAACUUACGGGCUUCGCAGAAAAGAUUAAAGUACCAGGCUCGGAAUACAGCUUCAGACUAUGGAGGUAUUGGAUGACUCGUGAAGAUAUAAAUUUCAAACUCGAUCUAACGGAUCGGAAGUACGUCACGAGCGCGACCAGAGAGGUUUUUAAUCUACUGACUGGAAACUCACAAUUAACAUUGGCCGCUCUCAUAAAGCUGAUAGACGCGGACUACUUUCCACAGGAGAAUGCCGAGUGGGCAAAGAGUGUCACUGGAAAGGCAAAACAAUUCCUGCUAGAAACAUUGAGCGACGACGGCGUAUUGUUUUAUCCAUCGUCUCCAACUACCGCUGGUUAUCAUUAUUCCCCAUUUCUCAAGCCCUACAAUUUCGGCUACACGGCUCUGUUCAACGUUUUGCGGUUUCCAACUUGCCAAGUGCCACUGGGCUUGGACGAGCAAGGCGUACCAGUCGGUAUUCAGGUGAUAGCGGCUCCCUAUAAUGACCAUCUAUGCUUCGCAGUUGCUAAAGAACUCGAGGCAGCGUUCGGUGGAUGGGUUCCACCGUCGUGAGUCUGCAAGUUAUAAUCUUUUCUAGUUUUUAGAGAAGCUAAGUCAUUUGCAAUUGAUCACCAAUGAGUGUUUAUAUCAAUAGAACAAAUAGUCUUAUUAUGGAUGUCUAAAAACGGUUAUUAAAAGUAAUUUUUUGCAAAUUACUAAUAUAUGAUGAAAAGGUAAAAAAUAUGUUGCUUUUGAUAUAUUCUUAAUGACUUUUUUAAAAUUUUUUCAGUAAUUAUAAGCACAUAUUUCAUUCCCUGUUGGAUAUGGUGUAUUAUUUUACUAUAUUACGACAUCGUAUGUGACUUACAUGUUAGUAAUAAUAGUGUAUCAACUUGGGCAAUUAAUUAUUUGUAUAUUACUUGGUACAUUACUUGGGCUACUAUUAAUUAUAACAGUUUAAGAAAA